AUGUUUACUUUCUCUUGUCCAGUCUCCUUUUCCAUCACUUGUUCUAGUUCGAAUGGUAAUAUUCAAAACCAUGGAGAUUACAGAGUGAAUAUCAACGUUAAUGGGAGUAGUUGUACAAGGAGGCCCAUUAAGCAUCAUACAUUAUUGAAUGAAGUUGAUGUAAAAGAAGGUUCCACUUCACUCAGUGCUAUCCAGUUCCUUGAAAAUGGGCACAUAAGCGAAGAGAAGAUUCGGCAGAGAAUUCCGAGGCAGAAGCAGCUGGUUGAUCCAUACCGUCAAGGCCUCAUCACUGAAAGGGGAGUUGGGUAUAAACAGACGGUAGUCGUCCGCUCUUACGAAGUUGGCCCUGAUAAAACUGCUACAUUGGAAAGCCUCCUCAACCUUUUCCAGGAAACAGCAUUAAAUCAUGUGUGGAUGUCUGGACUUCUAAGCAAUGGAUUUGGGGCCACACAUGGAAUGAUGAGGAACAAUCUCAUUUGGGUGGUCUCAAGAAUGCACGUCCAAAUCGAUCACUAUCCCAUAUGGGGAGAGGUAAUCGAAAUCGACACGUGGGUUGGAGCAUCAGGGAAGAAUGGGAUGAGGCGAGACUGGGUAAUCAGGAGUCAAGCCUCCGGCAGCACUUACGCACGUGCCACUAGCACUUGGGUAAUGAUGAACGAGCAAACACGGCGACUCUCAAAGAUGCCGGAUGAAGUGAGAGAUGAAAUUUCUCCUUGGUUUAUACAGAAACAAGCAAUCAACGAAGCUGUUCCCGACAAAAUUGUCAAGUUGGAUGAUAAAGCAAAACAUGUGAACUCUGACUUGAAGCCAAAGAGGAGUGAUUUGGACAUGAACCAGCAUGUAAAUAAUGUGAAGUAUGUAAGAUGGAUGCUGGAGACAAUCCCUGACAAGUUUUUGGAGCGUCAUCAGCUAUCUAGUAUUAUACUAGAAUAUAGAAGGGAAUGUGGGAGUUCAGAAGUAGUUCAAUCACUCUGCCAACCAGAUGAAGAUGAAAGUUUCGCAAAUGGAGUGCAACAGAAUCUACUUACAAAUAAGGUGUUGGUGGGAGGAAAUGGACGCCUGGGCUCCCCGGACAUCAACGUAUUGACGUACGGAUAUACACAUCUCCUCCAGACUCAAAAUGAAGAGAUAGUCAGAGGACGGACCAGGUGGAAUAGAAAGAUUUGUACGGGUCUUUAACACUUGUGGAUCCUCUUACAAUUAUAAUAACAUAAUAAUAGUAUUUAUUAAUUAAAGAUACCAGGAGGGAAAUAAUUAAUCAAGCAAAGGGCAUCAGGCUUAAUUUGGUCAAUAUCCCAGAUGUGAGACCAUCUUGAGGAGCUGGUAUUCAGUUCAGGGAAAACUAAGUGGAAACAAGAGUGAACAAAGUAGUGGGAUUAUGUAGAAAGAGCUCCUUAAUUAGAACUCAAAGCCACACCGUCCUUCAAGUCUGCCCACUCUGUUUUCUUAUUUUUACUUUUAUUUUAUUAAUUGUAUAAAAAUUAUAAACUAUUUUUAAAAGUGGCAGGGAGCUACAUAGUAAAAUGGUUUUACAAAUUUGGAAAAAUAAUGAAGAGGGUAUU